UUCACUUCAUAACUAACUCUAAGUUCGGAUAAGAUGUUCAGAAAAUAUUGAAUGCGCACAAUAACUAUGAUGUUCAAAAUCGUCCUGAUAGUCUUUGGGGCUCUUUUAACAGUAAACUCUCAAACUACACAAAAUAUAAAUGUCUUGUUUGUAAAUGAGGAAGGAAAUAUGGUGGCGGAUAAAGCUGUAGAAGUAGCUGUAAACUAUAUUAAGAAAAAUAAUAAACUGGGCGUAAGCGCUGAUACCAGAAAAGUUGUGGGCAACAGAACCGACAGUACUGGUUUAUUGGAGUCGUUGUGUUCCACAUAUAACGACAUGCUGGAGAAAAAUACUCCACCGCAUCUCGUUUUGGACACAACCAAAACCGGCUUAGCUUCGGAGACUGUGAAAUCUUUCACCGCAGCUCUUGGUUUGCCGACGAUCAGCGCGUCUUUCGGACAGGAAGGUGAUUUGAGGCAAUGGCGCAACAUUGACGAUAACGAAAAAGAGUACCUUAUACAAAUUUGUCCGCCCGCCGACAUGAUACCUGAAAUCGUUAGAACCAUUGUCAUCAACCAGAAUAUCACCAACGCUGCCAUUUUAUUCGACGAAUACUUUGUGAUGGAUCACAAAUAUAAAUCGUUGUUGCAAAACGUGGCCACGCGCCACGUAAUAACACCAAUCAAGGAAAACAUCCACGAACAACUACAGAGCUUGUACAAAUUGGACAUAGUGAAUUUCUUCAUAUUGGGCAGCCUGAAGAACAUUAAAAAAGUCCUAGACGGUGCGGACAGCGUGCAGUUCUUCAACAGGAAAUUCGCUUGGCACGCGAUCACGCAGGACAAAGGCGACGUCAAGUGCCAAUGCAGGAAUGCCACUGUAAUGGUGGCGAAACCGACAAUCGACGCCAAAUACCAAGACAGAUUGGGUUUGAUCAAGACAUCUUAUCAGCUGAACGCCGACCCAGAAAUCGCCGCAGCUUUCUAUUUUGAUUUGGCUCUUCAUUCUUUUUUGACCAUGAAAGAAAUGAUUGCUGAUGGUGCUUGGAAAAGGAACAACGUGACCAAUUACAUCACUUGUGACGAUUACGACGGUAAAAAUAAACCUAAAAGAAGAGGGUUGAAUAUCAAGAAGUAUUUCAAUAAGGAAACAACGGAGAGUCCAACGUAUGGUCCAAUUACGAUAGUAUCAAACGGACAUAGUUACAUGGAGUUUACGAUGCAAGUUGCAGCAGUAGGAGUUCGAGAAGGCGCUUCAGAUAAAUCGAUUAUUUUGGGAAGCUGGAAAGCUGGUUAUGACAACAAUUUGACCCUUGUAGACGAAAAAGUUAUGUCUAAUUAUACUGCUGAUGUUGUUUAUCGUGUCGCAACUGUCGAACAAGCACCUUUCAUAAUAAAAGACGAAAACGCUCCGAAAGGCUUCAAAGGCUACUGUAUAGACCUGAUAGAUAAAAUUGCGGAAACCCUCAAGUUUGACUACGAAAUUAAUCCGGUUGCUGACGGUAAAUUCGGAAACAUGGAUGAACAAGGAAGGUGGAACGGAAUGAUCAAAGAAUUGAUUGAGAAAAGAGCCGAUAUAGGUCUAGGUUCCUUGUCUGUCAUGGCGGAAAGAGAAAACGUAAUAGAUUUCACUGUACCCUAUUAUGAUUUGGUGGGGAUAACAAUUUUGAUGAAGCUCCCAACAACUGCAACGUCCCUGUUUAAAUUUUUAACUGUUUUAGAACACGAGGUGUGGCUUUGCAUUUUGGCCGCUUAUUUCUUCACCAGUUUUCUAAUGUGGGUUUUUGAUCGCUGGAGCCCAUACAGUUAUCAAAACAACCGGGAAAAAUAUAAAGACGACGAGGAGAAACGCGAGUUCAACCUCAAAGAAUGUUUGUGGUUUUGUAUGACUUCUUUAACACCGCAAGGAGGAGGCGAAGCUCCGAAAAACUUGUCUGGUCGUUUAGUAGCUGCAACUUGGUGGCUGUUCGGUUUCAUUAUUAUUGCUUCUUAUACGGCUAACCUGGCUGCGUUUUUGACCGUCUCUAGGUUGGACACACCGAUCGAAUCACUGGACGAUUUGUCCAAACAGUACAAAAUUCAAUACGCUCCUUUAAACGGAUCGGCUACCAUGACUUAUUUUGAGAGGAUGGCCAAUAUUGAAGCCAGAUUUUACGAGAUUUGGAAGGACAUGAGUUUGAAUGACAGCUUAACGGAUGUUGAAAGGUCAAAACUGGCGGUUUGGGAUUAUCCAGUUAGUGACAAGUAUACGAAAAUGUGGCAAGCAAUGAAAGAGGCUGGUUUGCCGAACACUUUAGAAGAAGCUGUCGAAAGAGUUAGAAGUUCUAAAUCAUCCAGCGAAGGAUUUGCAUUCUUGGGCGACGCCACCGACAUAAAAUACUUGGAACUAACGAAUUGCGAUUUAACAGUUAUCGGCGAAGAAUUUUCUCGAAAACCUUAUGCUAUUGCUGUCCAACAAGGAUCACCACUGAAGGAUCAAUUCAAUACUGCGAUCCUAUCACUACUGAAUAAAAGGGAAUUGGAACGUUUGAAAGAAAAGUGGUGGAGCAACAAUCCUGCCGCGAAGAAAGAUUGCGACAAACAAGAUGACCAAUCUGACGGUAUCAGCAUUCAAAACAUCGGAGGAGUAUUUAUUGUAAUUUUCGUUGGAAUUGGUCUUGCUUGUAUUACUUUAGCCUUUGAAUAUUGGUGGUACAAAUAUCGUAAGGGGUCGAAGAUAAUUGAUGUUCAGGAAGCACCUCACAAGAGCAAUUUUCCCAAAGAAACGGGGCUUACAAAAGUCAAUGAUGUCCUUAAAACCAACAAACUUUAUCCACGGUCCAGAUUUUAA